GUUGAAUUGCUGCUACCGGUAGAUAACCACGGUGGUGGCCGACCACGAGAGAUGUUCGAGGCGAAGGACAUUCGUCGCCACAUACAGCCACAUCGGAGAUGUGCAAUCGAACUUGAGCUGUUGACCUUACAUACUUUAGGUAUCGCUCUUCUGCCAGUGGACAUCAGCGCCAGCGUGUCGACGUGUGCUUACGCUUUAUAUCGCGUGGCUUUAUUCCAGCUUGAAUUCACUUCUCC